AGAUCAAUAAAAGUGAAAGCUUCCAAGGCGGAUUGAAGAGACAAAUGGCAACGGCAUUUCAGCAUCUAUUGACAGUGGGGACGAAGAUCGUCGCUGUGGGCAGAAACUACGCCGCUCAUGCCAAAGAGCUCGGCAACGCCGUCCCCAAGGAGCCGGUGUUGUUUCUGAAACCGACGUCGUCUUACUUGGAAAAUGGAGGCACGAUCAGAAUCCCACACCCCUUGGAGUCUCUGGACUAUGAGGUGGAGCUCGCGGUGGUGAUCGGAAAGAAAGGGCGCGAGGUUCCUGAGGCCACUGCCAUGGACUAUGUUGCCGGUUAUGCUCUGGCACUGGAUAUGACUGCCAGGGAAAUUCAAGCUUCUGCAAAAUCUGCAGGUCUUCCAUGGACAGUAGCUAAAGGGCAGGACACCUUCACACCAAUCAGUUCUGUUCUGCCCAAGGCGAUGGUGCCAGACCCUGACAACUUAGAACUGUGGUUGAAGGUUGAUGGAGAAAUACGACAGAAAGGCUCAACCAAGGAUAUGAUGUUUAAGAUCCCGUUUCUCAUUAGCCACAUAAGUUCUAUCAUGACACUUCUGGAAGGAGAUGUCAUACUGACAGGCACUCCAGCAGGCGUCGGCCCUGUGAAAGCAGGUCAAAAGAUAACUGCCGGCAUAACCAACCUACAGGACGUCAACUUCAAUGUCGAAAAACGGCAAAAGCCGGGAAGUUCUUAAAUACAUUCUUCCUAUCAGUAAUUAUCCCUCUGGAGUCCGUGGUUAGUGUGAUCUCUGUUCAUAAAGGCUCUUUUUCUUUGUGAAGUUGUUCGCCAGAGAGCGCAUACCGUAGAAAACACUAUUCUUCUGAUCCAGUUGUUUGAGAAUUGAGAGAGACCCAACAAGUUAAAAGGAAUUUAAAUAAGUGGCUCCGUUAUGGACAUGAUUUUCAGAAAGCAGAAUAACUAUUUGUUGCACUUUUACGAGUAAUGUUAUAUACCAUCUUUUUAUUACA